GUCCUCGUCGCCUCACUACGUAAUGCUGAUAAAUUCACGGCACUGAGUGCGAAUGAAGUAGAAGAUAUGUUUCGUGCGGUUCAGAAGGUACAGAAGGUGUUGGAGAAAUAUUAUAAAGUUUCAUCGAGUUCGGUUGUGAUUCAGGACGGUCCGCAUGCCGGACAGACAGUGAGACAUGUUCACGUCCAUAUAUUGCCACGUAGACCGAACGACUUUCCGAACAACGACGAAAUUUAUAGCGAAGUAAGUAACCAUUGGCUGGAAAAACACGACAAGAAAGACUCGAAAGAACAGUGGCGGGAACUCGGUGAUAUGUCAUCGGAAGCAGCGGUUUAUCGAAGGCUGAUAAACGAAUAUAAGGAUGUUUGA